AUGAAUUGCCGAACAAAAUCUCAUAAACGAAGCUAUGAAUGCCUCUACCCCGGGUGUGCUGUGAUCGCGAUGAAUUACAACGAAUAUGUAACACAUAGAAAAGCACAUGGUCAACCUCUCAUCUAUGAAUGCAGAGUGCCCGGUUGUGGACGGACAUUUGACCAUGAUUCAACAUUUCGCAAUCACAAGCAAACGCAUGAACCUCGUUGUCAAUGCGAGUGCUGUGGCAGAUUCUUCACUAGAAAUGCACUAACUAAGCAUAAGGAGAGCUGCCAAGCAAUAUCUCAUGAACGAUGCUACGAAUGCUUUUAUCCCGGAUGUACUAUGAUCACGAACAGUUAUAAGGAAUAUAUAACACAUAAGAAAACACAUGGUCAACCUUUCAUCUAUGAAUGCAGAGUGCCCGGUUGUGGACGGACAUUCGACUGUGGACCAUCAUUUUACAAUCACAAGCAAACGCAUGAACGUCAUCUUCAAUGCGAGGAUUGUGACAAAUUCUUCACCACCAGGAAGGGACUGCAAUAUCAUACGAUGAAUUGCCAAACAAAAUCUCACAAAGGAAGCUACGAAUGCCUCUACCCCGGGUGUGCUGUGAUCACGAAAAGUUACAAAGAAUAUGUAACACAUAGGAAAACACAUGGUCAGCCCUUCAUCUAUGAAUGCAGAGUGCCCGGUUGUGGGCGAACAUUUGACCAUGAUUCAACAUUUUUCAAUCACAAGCAAACGCAUGAACCUCAUCCUCAAUGCGAGGAUUGUGGCAAAUUCUUCAGCACCAGGAAUGCACUGAAAUCUCACAUGAAAAUCUGCCAAACAAAAUCUCGUUAG